CAGCGAGAAGUAAGGAAAAAAACUGGGUCUCUACGACACACAUCAUCUCUCUCGCACGGAUUUUCGUUUCGUGGUGUCGUCGAGCAAAUAAUCUUUGCCCGUCGCGGUCCGCAGCGUCACGGAAAAGUACCAGCCAAAGGGGCCAAGAACGCAGUAGCUGGCACAGCGACGAGCCGUCGGGCAGGCCGCAGACCAUAACACCUCGAAUCACGCACGGCCGAAACUACUCCCCCAGACACAUCGCAGAAGGGGACACCCGUAAUCAACAACAGCCCCAGAACCACCAGUGCUGGGACAGCGAACAAUUUGUGUGUUUGUGCAUGUGAGUGUGUAUGUGUGUGUAGUGGCGAGUGCAGACGAAACAAAACGGGUACAGAAAGGGACCAGUGUCCGUCAAUUUGGCACGGGUCUGUCCUUUCGCUAGCGGGCACGAAGGGUCGUGCGCGGACGGUGAAGAAAUUUUUAUAAUCCUGUACGAAAGCAAUACCAAGGAACGUAUGUGUGUAUGUGUGCGUGCGCUGAAGUGUGCGUGCAGGUGUGAAUUUGUGUGCAAGUGCUCGCUGCUUUCUAGAGCAUCCGUGAACCAGUAGUCGUCGGCCGUCGUGGUGGAGCUGGUGUGCACGGAGAAGGAAGGAGGAUAUUCUAAUCGAUAGCAGCAGCAGCAGCAGCAGCACCAGAGAGCGCAAACAAGCGAGAGCGAGAGAGCGAAAAAUAGCAGCCACAAAUAAAAAAAAAACAACAAAAGUGAAAAAAAACCGUGCCGGAUCUGUCCCUCCGUGUGUGUGUGUGUGUGUCUGAUCGUGAAAAUUGUGUACGUGUGCAGUUUGACACAUUAGAAGGGUGUUCUAGGGCGCUAUGCUCGGUGUGUGCUGAGCAGCUCGCAACAGCAGCAGAAGUGCGUAAAGCAAGCAAGCAAAGGAAGGUGACAGCAGUUGCUGGUGGUGUGCGUCAAGUGUGAGAGAGCGAGGACACCGACCAUCAUAGGCAACAGCAACAGCAGCAGCAGCAGCAGCAGCAGCAUUGUGUUGUGAGCACAGGUGGAAGAGAAGAAGGUCACACUUCGAUCGAACGACACAGUUCGACUGCCACGGAACGUGAGCGAGAGAGAAGGCGCGUGAGCGAGUGAGCGAGCGGACGAGUGGAUUUUGCAUCCGUGAGAGAAAAUUCCCGUGGAGAGGAAAAAUCGUGAACACACAAUAGCGCUUUUUUAUUCCCAGUGAACUGCGCGCGAGAAGGGGUUUUUCUUUUCGCGUGCGUGUCUCCGCUAGUGUGUGUGUGUGUGUGCGUGUUUGCGCGUUACAAGUAGUGUGUGUGUGGGUACGUGCGUGCGUGCUGGUGUGUAUUUCCUCGUACCGAGCAGUCGGUGGGGUGUUUCGGAAAAAUCGCCAUCCGGCCGUACGUAGUCGUCGUCGUCGUCGCGGUUUUGGAGUGACCCCGGGACAGCAGACAGCAGGGCCUGUAAAUGGACGUAACGGUCGGUGAUAAUUGAGGCGGAACAGGCGAUUCCCGUCGUGCGAAAUUAUUACGUGUGUGUAAAGCCAGGCGCGGCGCGUUUGGAAACUGAGCCGUUUUUGGUGUGUGCGCGAUUUUGUGCCCGUUUUCCAUUGCGGUGUGGUGUGUGAGAAAAAAAAAAGAUAGAGGGCUGUUAUUACAUCGCUUCUUCCACUGCCUGGUGGCGCCUGGUUUGUGCUGCCGGACGGACGGGCCCCGGGUUUGGCGGGGUGUGUAGCUGCAACGGGGCAUACUUGCUGAAUCUCAAUUGCGUUCGCGGCCGACGGCACGACGAGUGGUGGAUCGAAGGACUUUUCUUUCCAUUUCCAUCUCCAGCGACAGCGAAAAGCCCGAGUACCGUUUCGGAGAAAAGCUACAUCAAAGGGAAACGGAAAUCCGUAGACUCCGUGGCUGAGUACGAUUACCACUCGGCUGAGAGAAGAAGGUUCCCUUGCCAGGGGUGUUAGUAGGAUCGAUCGAUUGGCAAGAAGUCGUCCAGGGUCCGCGCUGCGCUUGGGCAGCAGUAGUAGAAAAAUUGUCGAAACCCUUGUCGAAAGUAGAGCUGAAUGUUGUGCCGGAAACAAUAGAGCCCAUCUUUAAUAUCCUGCCUUGACCAUUUACCUUUUUUGCAAUACAAAUAUCGCAUCGCCUGUGUAAUCAUAUCGGUUGGAAGCUGCCAACGACGGAAUCGUGAGCUCUGUAGCAAAGCGAGAGAAAAGUAGAUUGACUGAACCUGCGAGCGAGAGACAGCAAAAGAGAGCGAGAGAGCGAGAGACGAGAAAAAUUGCUGCUUCAACCCCACCGCCACCACCACCACCAUACACCACUAGUUUGUCAUCGUCGUUGUCAUUUUCAUCUCUUGUGUGACAAACGAAAAGAAAAAGGAAAAUUGCUCUGGUGCGCACCGAGAAGCCAGCUGACAGUUGUUCAUCAAGCAUCACCAUAUAGCCCCCUUCCCCCCUGCGCCAUCACCCACCCGGCUCACGAGCCGAAACGUGUAGUAAUAAAAGUAAGAAUAUCGAUUAAAUCGCGGUUCCAAGGCGACAGCAGCCAGCCAGCCCGUCAGCUGCCCCGUCAUAUAUAGUCGCUUCAUUUGUACAUCUACACUAAGCAAAGCAAAAGGGGAAAGUAAUAUCAAGACCGGAUAUUAUACAUAUUUAUUAUAUAAUUGGACAACAGUUCACCCACAUACAUAGUACAUUUACAUAGACGACGUGUAAUAAUCGAUAGCAACAACCAUGGGCAAUAACGCUACAUCCGCGAACAAGAAGGUCGACGCGGCCGAGAGCGUGCGGGAGUUUCUGGACCAAGCGAAGGAAGACUUCGAGGAGAAGUGGAAGCGCAACCCGACGAACACGGCCGCGCUGGACGACUUCGAGCGGAUCAAGACGCUCGGCACCGGGUCGUUCGGGCGCGUCAUGAUCGUGCAGCACAAAUCGACCAAGGACUACUACGCGAUGAAGAUCCUGGACAAACAGAAGGUGGUCAAGCUGAAGCAGGUCGAGCACACGCUGAACGAGAAGCGCAUCUUGCAGGCGAUCUCGUUCCCGUUCCUGGUCAGCCUCAAGUUCCACUUCAAGGACAACUCCAACCUGUACAUGGUGCUGGAGUACGUGCCGGGCGGCGAGAUGUUCUCGCACCUGCGAAAGGUGGGCCGCUUCUCGGAGCCGCACUCGCGCUUCUACGCCGCCCAGAUCGUGCUGGCGUUCGAGUAUCUGCACUAUCUCGACCUGAUCUAUCGCGAUCUGAAGCCGGAAAACUUGCUGAUCGACUCGCAGGGCUACCUGAAGGUGACCGAUUUCGGCUUCGCCAAGCGCGUCAAGGGCCGAACCUGGACGCUAUGCGGCACGCCCGAGUAUCUCGCGCCCGAGAUCAUCCUGAGCAAGGGCUACAACAAGGCGGUCGACUGGUGGGCGCUCGGCGUGCUGGUGUACGAGAUGGCGGCCGGCUAUCCGCCCUUCUUCGCCGACCAGCCGAUCCAGAUCUACGAAAAGAUCGUCAGCGGCAAGGUGCGCUUCCCGUCGCACUUCGGCUCGGAGCUGAAGGAUCUGCUGCGCAACCUGCUGCAGGUCGAUCUGACCAAGCGCUACGGCAACCUGAAGGCGGGCGUGAACGACAUCAAGGGGCACCGAUGGUUCGCCUCGACCGACUGGAUCGCGGUGUUCCAGAAGCGCAUCGAGGCGCCGUUCAUACCGCGCUGCAAGGGUCCGGGCGACACCAGCAACUUCGACGACUACGAGGAGGAAACGUUGCGCAUCUCCAGCACCGAGAAGUGCGCGAAGGAGUUUGCCGAGUUCUAAGAUGCUCUCGAGAGACGCGUGGGACGUUGCUAUCAUCAGGAUAGUACUGCUAGUACUACAAAACCGCUACUACUACUACUACUACUACUACUACUACUACUUCUAGUACGACUACUACCGCCAUCAUCAUCAUCAUCGUCAUCAUCACCAGCGCCUUCCCGUUCACCAUCAUCAUCGUUUGUUCCUUGGUCAGCUGGUGCAGUAUUCGGUUGGAAUGUGGAAUGUUGGGAUGCACCGCCAAGGCAUCAUCAACAUCGGGAGCAUUUAGAGAUUAUCCUUCAGCCAAUCUCUUCCCCCCCCCCCCUCCACAUCCGCAUGCAAAGUGAGGUAGCCUUCCCGCCUGCAACAACAAGCUCUGAUAUCAUUGGCCGGAUUAUCUCCGGUCGGUCUGUCUGCUGCUGCAUUCUUUCCUAUCUGCGCCAUCUGCCGGUGGUGGUUAGUAUCUCUGGCAAGGAUAACGAUUAGCAUGCGCUAUUUUUGUCGGCCGUGUAUCAGCAUCACUUCUUUCGCCAUCCGACUGGCGUUGCGAUCUCGUCGCGUGUAGCAUCACUCAUCCCUUCCAACCUCGCCGAAUAGUGGUAGCAGCAGCAGCAGCAGCAGGAGAACAGUCGUCGAUGACGGUGCCAUCUGGUGGAUUGGGAAGGAGUUGCGAUGUGUCAGCGUAGGGAUUCGAUCGCUCGGCGACAACUCCCGAACACCGAUCCCGCACUGAGAUCGAUCAUCAGGUGUAGUACGUUUGUUAUGAGGAAUUAGGAAGUGUUUCGCUAUCGAUCACAACAGAUGAAUCCCACUCCUAACUCCCCGGCUCUCCCUGUAUACGCGUAUACGCAGGCACACUCGCACGCGCACAUGUUCGCACAUUAGCAGGUGUGUUUCAUCAGUACAUGGAACGCAUGGACAUGGAGGAAGAAGGGAACAGCAGAAGAAUAGUAGGAGAGGUUCUUGUUUGUCUCACCCCUGCUGUCUGUCUGAUAGUAUGAAGUAGAAGGUAUUUAAUGAAAAAAGCUAAUUUAAUGCAAGCUGCUCUGGUACGCGUGGAGUGGAGGGAGGCGUAAAGAUAGCAGAUCGAAAUUAAAUCAUUGCCAUCGUCACCUUCACACGGUUGACACACUACCCGGGGUUGAUGGUUUGCAGACUCGCUCCCACCCCCGGUGAUAAUGAUCCUCCCCAGUACAUGCGACAAUUCUAAAGCAAAUGUUAUAACCGACAUUGCAGCAAUAUAUAUCAUCGCUACGGUGAAGCAGAGACAGCGAGAGAGAGAGAGAGAGAGAGAGAGAGAGAGAAGGCGUGUGUUGGGCACGUGCUAUAACUAGAUCUUUGUGGUAUUAUAGCUAAGUAAAAAGUUCAUCUCAUUCGUACGUGUGCCUGUGCGUGUGUGCGUAUGUGUGUGCGUGUGUGCGCUGAUAUCAAAGAGCUAGCUAGAGAGAGAGAGAGAGCGGUUGGGCAGAAGGUAAUCGAGAAUACUCGAUAGGAGCAGAUUCGAUGAUAGGGUGUUGUAUUUUUAUUUUGAUUUUGAUUUUGAUAGGCUCCGCAGCGCGCCAUUACGCGAGUCCUUUUUGAUAGCGCACGAACGCGCGAACGCGAAAUCUAGCAAUAACAAACAAAAGUCAUGAGAAGGGGUAGGGUGGUGGUGGUAGUAGGAAUGGGAACGAAAUGGGAAAGGAGGCAUAGAGAUCACACGCGCGCGCGAGAACAUUCCAAUCGUUCGGAGCAAGUGGAGGCACUGAUGACAGUCCUUUGCGCGGUGGGACGGCCCCGACAGUCCCGUGGUCGUGGACACGAAUGACAGGGCGACAGUUUUUAUUUUUGGUAUUUGUUUUAAUUAAUUAUCGAUCGACAGCAGCCACUAACGCCCCUUCUUCCCACGCCAUACUUCGGAAAAGCGCAACCCUGUCGAGCAAAACCGUCAGCAUCCUUGUGAAAGGCUAGUAGGAACUCUUGUCUACCACACUCCCGCAAACACCCACACACACACACACACUCACACACGCAGACACAUAGCAAAGGCCCCUUUUGCUCCAGCAAAACGUCUCCGGAUGGUCCGGAGGUUUAGAUAAUCUUAUAUUGUGAACUGAUUGUAUUUGCCGCCACAAGAAAUGGGGGAAAACAGAAACAGAAGGCGUCGUCGGGUGUCAUUUGAAUUGGGCGGCCGCAGGGCGCCACCGAGAACUGAAGCGAGCGGAAGUACACGAUUGUAGUAUUUAUAAAAGAAACACACAUCAUUUUACGAGAGAGAUGACCAAUAAUCGAUAAAACCAAGCAGAAGGAUUUUGCGCCCGAACGUGGCGAACGUGUGUCGAUGAAGAUGUUAGUUUUUGUUUGUUUUUUGUUUUGAUUGUUUGUUUGUCGCGUUCUCUCUUCUUUGCGAUGACGGCGCGUUAACGCGCUGAGAGACAAGCAAUGGGAUUAGGGAAAAAGGACUCCACUCUUGACGUAUAGAUACACAUAUGCGCUAGCCCGGCCAUAUGGCACACAAUCUCAACACAUCCCCACAAACUCACAUAGACACACAUACGCAUACACACAGGAACCCCUGCACACGUGUGCAAAGAAAAAUUCAGCACAUCCAAGCAGGCGAAAGAUUAUGUAGCAGUCCCCCCUCCCAAGUAGGAGUUGUACGUACACCAAACUAAUGUAAACGCAAGCAGCCGGAGUAAUUUAACAAAGCAACAAACAAGAAAUGUACGCCACAUAAUGGUAUGUCGUAGGGAAAGCACAGGACAGCCGGUAGCCACAGCUGCAGAAUAUAUAAAAGUGAGCAAGUGAAGCAACAUUGAUAGCUAGAGAACAGUUGGAAAAUGACAAAAAAAAAAUCCCCCCCGCAGAUAACCACAUGCACUGUACUGAAGCAGGUGAUCGGUUUAGGCUCGGGAGACACUUCAGAAGGAUCGCGAAACGGUUGGUCCGGCUCAUCCGGCUCAUCUUGGGUGUAGACCAACGGUGGACAUUCUUCAAAAGAAGGACGUGUGGACGUUGGAUGUGGAUCGAGGGACAAAGCACGAUCAUCAUACGCAAACACCCAAAUGCUGCGCAAACACCCAAAGGAAUGUUCCGGAGGUAUGAGAUCCGGACAGGAAGAUCUUUGAAUGGAACCGGAGGACCGGAGAAUGAGGCGGACACGCUAGUUACACGAAACCUAGGAAACAUUUUCGAAAUCAGACUCAAAGCUCUUCCGACUGACGUGUGUGGCUUGUUGUGCACAUCAAACCUGUUUGAUUACAACCACACCACGAGUGAUAGCUGUAUUAAGAAUUGGGGGAAGGUGUUACAUUAUUUCGGAUAGUUAGAGACGCACCAACGGCGGCGGCACCUGCCGCGCCCGGUCAACCCGGCCCGGCGGAUCUCUCUGGCGCCCACUUCUUACCGUCACUUCCAUCACAGUUCCACUGGCUACACAAAAAAAAAAAAGCAGAAUGGGCCCCGUGUUUUUCAUUGUAGCGUACAACAACAAUUGUUACCGAAUCGCCUGGAGAUUGUGUGUGUGUGUGUACAUGUGUGUUUGUGUCAUUUUUGCAAAGAACAACAGAUAGCAAAACGCGCUCGCGUCGUAUGUGUAGGCUAAAGAAACGCAAACGCAGCACAGCACAGUCUUGAGAAGAAGAAGAAGAAGAAGCCUUAGUUGAGUAACAUAUAACUGAAGUACACUAAUACUGACUAGUUUUUUUUCCUCCCUGUGCUGCUGCAAAACCCUGUGUGCACUGCAGAAGCA